UCUCAUUCUUCACCCACGCAUUUCCUCAUCACCAAGGAUGGCAUCAACUUUACGGUCAAACUAUGUUCCAAUCUUUGUUAUGCUCCCGUUGGGAGUUGUUAAUGUUAACAAUGUUUUUGAAGACCCGGAGACUCUUGAGAAGCAGCUGAAGAAGCUGAAAGAAAUUGGAGUCGAUGGCAUCAUGGUAGAUGUUUGGUGGGGACUCAUUGAGAACAAAGGGCCUAGGCAGUAUGACUGGGCUGCUUACAGAAGCUUGUUUGAGCUUGUUGUGAAAAUUGGCCUGAAAAUCCAGGCUAUCAUGUCAUUCCACCAAUGUGGUGGCAAUGUUGGAGAUAUUGUUACCAUCCCACUUCCCAAAUGGGUGCUCGCAAUUGGAGACAAAGUCCCUGAUAUCUUCUACACUAACCGAUCUGGUACCAGGAAUCCGGAGUACCUCUCAAUAGGUGUUGAUAAUGAGAAUCUUUUUCAAGGUCGGACUCCUGUGCAGAUCUACAGUGACUAUAUGAAGAGCUUUAAAAACGCCAUGGCAGGCAUUUUCGAGGCUGGACACAUAACAGACGUUGAGGUAGGGCUUGGUCCAGCUGGAGAGCUGAGAUAUUCUUCAUACCCAGAAACACAAGGAUGGAAAUUCCCUGGAAUUGGAGAAUUUCAAUGCUAUGACAAGUAUUUGAAAGCAGAUUUUAAAGCUGCUGCAACAAAAGCGGGGCACCCUGAAUGGGAUCUUCCAGAUAAUGCUGGAACAUACAAUGAUACACCAGGUGAUACAGAGUUUUUUGCAACUAACGGGACCUAUCGCACCGAAAAAGGGAGGUUCUUCUUGACAUGGUACUCAAACAAGCUUAUAGAACACGGAGAUCAGAUUCUCGAAGAAGCCAACAAAGUUUUCAAUGGAACCAAAACCAGGCUAGCUGCAAAAGUUUCUGGUAUCCAUUGGUGGUUCAAAGAUCAGUCGCAUGCUGCUGAGUUAACUGCAGGAUACUACAACUUGGACGAUAGAGAUGGUUACCGACCCUUGGCCAGGAUGUUGACCAGGCACUAUGGUACUCUAGAUUUUACUUGUCUUGAGAUGAAGGACUCUGAACAACCAGAAACUGCUAAAAGUGGUCCACAGGAACUUGUUCAACAGGUUCUGAGCUCUGGCUGGAGAGAAGUCAUUGAUGUUGCAGGUGAAAAUGCACUUUCUAGAUAUGAUGCCACCGCUUACAAUCAAAUGCUACUGAAUGUUAGGCCAAAUGGGGUCAGCAAAGAAGGCGAACGCAAACCGAAGAUGUCCGCAUUGACUUACCUUCGCCUGUCAGAGGAUUUAUUGUCAAAGGAAAACUUCAGUCUGUUUGCAUCAUUUGUGAAGAAAAUGCAUGCUGAUUUGGAUUAUGUCCCAAAUAUAAUUGACUUAACUCCAUUGGAGCGAUCAAAGCCAAAGAUUCCAAUUGAAAAACUUCUGGAAGCAGCUACACCAAAAUUGGAGCCCUUCCCAUGGGAUAGUGAGACUGACCUGCCUGUUGAGUCUUCCUGAGCAAUUGGGCAUCAAGCACCAGCAACAUCAUUUGAAUAAUAAAUUCAGGCACCACUCUUUGUUAGUAUAAAAAAUAAUUCUGCACUUCAAGAAAAAUAAGUUUGAGUUGCUAGAGAUUGAGGUGCCUGCCUCUGAAUCCUAUGUACGUAUGAAGGAAGUUAAAUAUCCAUGUUGUUGCCAUUUUCAUGCUGUUUGCUGUA